AUGUCUCAGCCUUCUAGUAGGCAACAGCGAAGCACCACACCAGAUGAAUCUUCGAGACGCGUGCGCCGUGACCGCCGUCCGUCUGCAAAACAGCGCGAACUCGAUGAAGCCGAAGAAGCAGCACAGAGUCGUAAGGCGCACAAGCGACCUGCAGCUGAGAGCUCCGAGAAUAGGGACUCCGGUAACACGUCACGCAAGAAGUCUCGUCAAUCGCGUGGUAACAAUAGCGAGGCGUCAACGUUUACUACGGCACAGAACGUGACAAGCUCUAAACCUAACCAAGUGCCAUUCAAGAACCUUAUCAAGCGUACAGCAAAGGUCCCACCACGCGCAGCCCAGGCUUCCAAAGGCUCCGAGCGGCAGCAGCGACCUUCAAGGCCUGUAGCGAGACCCUCAGAAUCAUCACCGCCUCCAAGAUCGAUAGCAAGACGCUCGGAGCUAUCAUCGCCACCUCCGAGGGCUGUACCAAGGCGCUCGGAACCACCGCCGCCGGCGACUCUCAAGCGCCACAAACCCGCACAUCAGUCGGAACAGCGACAAGGACGUCCCCGCAACACUGGACGUGUCCCGCUUUUCGGUGAUGACGAAGAAAUGGUGCCCAAGGAUACUCGUCGCCAUGACCCCCAAGCUGACGGUCCCGAACCACUGAGCCGAGACCACAAUGAGGGAAGCGACGAUGGUAACGGUUUCGACAACGGUCCGCAAUCCAACGAUGGUCAGUCUGGCGACGAGCGUCUUCCGAGUCAAUUUGUCUACGACGCUGCGGACUUUCAAGACGAGGAUGUCGAGUACUUUAGUCAGCAAGAUGAUGACCAGCCUGUCGAACGCGUCCCAUCUUCACCACGUUCCAGCAGUCCUAACCUACGUCGGACCAUCUCCCCAUAUGACGGUGAUGAUGAUGACGACCAGGAGCUGCGCAAAGUGCCAGUGGAUAAGGAGGAUGAUGAAGGAAGUGGGAGUGAACGAAGCUCAGUGGCCGGCUCUACACACAGUGAACAAUGGGCCCAGGUCUGCUGGGGCGAGGCCUGCAAGACGCUCGACGUCAACUACGCUGCUGAUCGGGGUGUGAUCAAGAUUCUCCGCGGCGAGCUCAAGAGUAAGGUUCGACCGCUUGUCGAGAGCUUAUAUGGUUUCAAUGGCUCUUCUGCGAAGAAAGCCAUACGUGAGAACCGUGAUAAAGCGGCGGCACUCACAAGCGACUCACUGUUUGCGUACAAGGAUCCUGCUCUCAAUCGGCCCCAGGGUACAGACGCAGAGGGCAUAUACCGCCAUCCAAUCAUACAGAAAGCGAUCAACGCGACCUGGUUUAUGAACAGAAGCGACGAAGGUAUCCUCUACAAGGAAUUCUUCAGCCCGACGAUUUCCAUUGCGAUGAUGGCGCUCGUUCUCACAGCGGUUCAGUGUUGCAUCGACGAAUGGGGAACAGGGAAGCGCUCUGGCGUGAGCUUCUACGAGAACGAGUACAAGCCCGUCUAUCUGUCCCACAAGGCGAACCUAUUAGCGUUUGAUGACUUGUGUGAUGACGCGCACUCUCUCCUGCUGAAGCUUCACAAGAAGCUCUACAAAGAAGCUCGAUUCCAUUCCGGCGCCGAGGAUACAGAGCGCACUGCUGUUACGCUCUCGCGCGAUGCCCUGACACGUGCACUUCAGCAAGCCAUGGUUGCUGGCGAUGCCGACGAUGACGACGAUGCAUAG